UAACUUACUUCCUGUUGAGCAUGCGCACAGAUGAGGCCACGUAUUUUCGGCCAACAUAAACAAAUAUUGACAGUUAACUGAAGAAAAAAUGCCUUUAAGACUCGAUAUCAAGCGGAAACUGUCUGCUCGCUCGGACAGAGUGAAAACAGUGGAUCUGCAUCCAUCAGAACCAUGGAUGUUGGCUAGUCUUUAUAACGGAAAUGUUCAUAUUUGGAAUUUUGAGUCGCAGCAACUGAUCAAGUCAUUUGAAGUAUGUGACUUGCCUGUGAGGUGUGCCAGAUUUGUGGCCCGCAAGAACUGGAUUCUGACCGGAUCAGAUGACAUGCACGUGAGGGCGUACAACUACAACACCCUGGAGAGGGUCCACCAGUUUGAGGCACACUCUGACUACAUCCGCUGUAUUGCCGUCCACCCCACACAGCCAUUCUUUCUCACCAGCAGUGACGACAUGCUGAUCAAGCUGUGGGACUGGGACAAGAAGUGGACGUGCACACAGGUGUUUGAGGGUCACAGCCACUACGUGAUGCAGAUUGUCAUCAACCCUAAGGACAACAACACCUUCGCCAGUGCCUCACUGGACAGGACUGUUAAGGUAUGGCAGCUGGGCUCGGCGAAUCCCAAUUUCACCCUUGAGGGCCAUGAGAAGGGAGUGAACUGCAUCGACUAUUACAGCGGGGGAGAUAAGCCUUACCUGAUCUCGGGGGCUGAUGACAGACUCAUCAAGAUAUGGGACUACCAGAACAAGACGUGUGUGCAGACCCUGGAAGGCCAUGCACAGAACAUCUCAGCUGUAGCCUUCCAUCCUGAGUUGCCCAUCAUCAUGACCGGCUCUGAGGAUGGUACUGUGCGGAUAUGGCAUGCCAACACCUACAGGCUGGAAUCCACUCUGAACUAUGGCCUGGAGAGAGUGUGGACUAUAGCCUGCGCAAGAGGUUCCAACAAUGUAGCUCUUGGAUACGAUGAAGGAAGCAUUAUUAUCAAGCUGGGUAGAGAGGAGCCUGCCAUGUCGAUGGACUCGAGCGGGAAGAUUAUCUGGGCCAAGCACAGCGAGAUCCAGCAGGCAAACAUCAAGGCGAUGGGAGAACAGGAGGUCAAGGACGGGGAGAGGCUGUCCCUCGCUGUGAAGGACAUGGGAGCCUGUGAGAUCUACCCACAGAACAUCCAGCAUAACCCCAAUGGAAGGUUUGUGUGUGUGUGCGGUGACGGUGAGUACAUCAUCUACACAGCAAUGGCCCUACGUAACAAGAGCUUUGGGUCUGCCCAGGAGUUUGUAUGGAGCAAUGACUCAUCAGUGUACGCCAUACGGGAGGGCAACAGCAUGGUGAAGAUCUUCAAGAACUUCAAGGAACUCAAGACAUUCAAGCCAGACUUUGGAUGUGAAGGUAUCCAUGGAGGUAACAUGCUGGGUGUGAGGUCAGUGAGCGGUCUGGCCUUCUACGACUGGGAGACCACGGACCUUGUGCGACGGAUAGAAAUCUCACCUAAAAAUACUAAGUGGCUCGGGCUCUACGAUUGGCUGCACUAUGUCCCCAGUGAGAAAAACGCAGAAGGGUUCAUGAUUUGUUCAAUAUACUGGAGUGAGAACGGAGAGUUGGUGUGCAUCUCUACAGAGGAGUCCUUCUUCAUUCUCAAGUAUCGCCAGGAGGCUGUAGACCAGGCGAAAAACGACAAGGAACUUGUAACAGAGGAUGGCAUUGAGGAGGCUUUUGACGUUGUUGGUGAGAUCGAGGAAGUAGUGAAGACAGGAGUGUGGGUGGGGGAUUGCUUCAUCUACACCAACAGUGUCAACAGACUGAACUACUAUGUGGGUGGAGAGAUAGUCACUAUAGCCCAUCUAGACAGAGUGAUGUACAUUCUGGGCUACAUCCCCAAGGACAAUCGUCUCUACCUGGGUGACAAGGAGCUCAACGUGAUCAGCUUCUCUCUCCUGCUCUCGGUGCUCGAGUACCAGACUGCCGUGAUGAGGCAGGACUUUGAGACCGCAGACAAGGUGCUGCCCACUGUGCCGCGCGAACACCGGACACGUGUUGCUCACUUCCUUGAGAAACAGGGCUUCAAAUCUCAGGCGCUGGCAGUGACCUGUGACCCGGAGCACAAGUUUGAGUUGUCUGUGCAGCUGGGCGACCUCAAGAUUGCCUACCAGAUUGCUAAAGAACUAGAGGGAGAACACAAGUGGAAGCAACUAGCUGAGAUGGCCAUACAGAAGUGUGAGUUUGGCCUGGCAUUGGAGUGUCUGCACCAGGCGCAGGACUUUGGGGGGCUCUUGUUGCUAGCCAGCUCAGCGGGGAAUGCAGAAAUGUUGGCGAAACUUGGCGACUCUGCUGAGAAGGCGGGUCAUAAUAACGUGGCGUUCCUGUCGCAUUUUGUGCUAGGAAGACUGGAGAAUGCCCUAGAAGUGUUGGUAAACACUGGCAGGCUUCCUGAGGCAGCUUUCUUUGCCAGAACUUACCUGCCCAGUCAAGUAUCCAGGGUGGUAAAGCUGUGGCGGGAGUCCCUGGGGAACAUGAAGGCUGCAAGCUCCCUGGCCGACCCCCGGGAGUAUGAGAACCUGUUCCCAGGCUUCAAUGACACGGUCAAGUGUGAACAGUACCUCAAACCACAGAGGAUGAGACGGUACCCGGCCAGGACCUACCCACAGGCACCGGCCAAUGUGGAACGUCGCCCACUUGAAGAGAUGGCAGCUGCAGAAGAGAAGGGAGCCUUCAGUUACCAGCCUCCAAGGACUGAUGAUGAUGAUGAGGAGGAGGAGCAGUUUCAAGAGGCAGCUGAGUCACAGCCUGCAAGAACACAGGAUCCCGAUAUAGACUGGAACUCAAAACCAUCAGAAGAGGAUAUUACGUCUGGACAGAAAUCAAGUGAACCAGUCCCAGAACUUAACAUAGAAGCUGAGCACAUCAAUGUUACCAAGCCUGCCCAUUUAUCUCAGAUGACUUGGAAGCCUUCCUGUGCCAUGAGUCCAGACUGGGACUCCGAUAAUGACCCUGAGGAUGAGGGCCAAUCAAAAAGUUUUGAGGGUUAUUCAAAAAGUUCAGAAACUGAGCGUCAUUCAAGCAGUUUUAUUGAGGAGGGUUCCUUUAAAAGUUCAGCAAACGAGGGUUUUUCUAAAAGUUAUGAAAAUGAGGGUAUUUCAAAAAGUUCUGAAAAUGAGGGAUUCUCGAAUGUGACCCCAAAUGAUGACAUGGGUUGGUCGGAUGAGGAAGCUAGCCUCUCAGAAGAUGAGAAGGAGGCACAAUCAAGCCAACCUGCAGUGCAGCAGCCCAAACUGGGGGCCAAAGAAAUGGCUGACCUUGAAAAGGAGCUCGAACUCGACCUUGAAAACUUGGACGUCAAUACAGACGGAGUUGAUACAGGGGACACACAGGACAUAGACCUAGAUGAAAACUUAUUGGAAGACUGAUUGGUCAACUAUGCUUGUAGAAGGAAGAGACAUUUUGAUCAUUAUUAGGGAAACAAGUUUUGAAAUUGCAUGACUGUGUUCAUAGAGUGUUUAUGAUUUGAUUUCAAGUUACAUAUGAGGUUUACAAGUGAUGUGAAUCUUUACUUGUGCUUAUUACUAUCUUGUCAGUGCUUAUUGUUUAACUCUCAGUGGGACAAUGGAAUUACAAAUGGUUUGUGAAAAUUUGAGACAGAUGAAUUGUGUUUGAAAUCAUUUCAUUUAGUGCUAAUGUAUGUUUUUAGUUUUGAGGGAACUGAGUGAAUACUGCUUGUGCAAUUGACUGAUACAUAUUGAUUUAAAUUGUUUUAGUGAAGCUUAUACUAAAAUUACAUUUCACGUGUGAGGUAUGGGAAAUUUACCAAACCAAGUUUUUUUCGGCAUUGAUAUAAUUAAAAAAGGCAAGGGUCUAGUUAAAAAUGUUAAGAAUAACUUAUUUUAGUUUCUUAAUAGGUCAGCAUAAAAUAAAACAUUUAUGUAACAACACAUAAUUGUAUUUAUUUCCAUUAUUUGGCAUAAAGUUACCAGUCAUAUUCAAGAUGUAAUAACUAUGUUGUUGAACUAAAACUCUUGAAAGAGCGGGCAUGUUAAGUUACAUUGUAAAUAGUGACAUCACAUUUGCAUGUUUGGAAUAUUCCUAUAUAUGAUACAAUAUGUUGGUAUGAUUUUGUUACAUGUAGUUAUAAUUUGCAAUGCAUACUUUACAUAUAUUGUAUGUGUGAUACAAUCCCGUGCUUGUCAUUGUUAUAAUACAUCUCAAUACUUUCUCCUGUUUUUGGGGUAAAAGAAUAAGAAGCCAUGAUGUUGAAUACCACUGAAUACAAGUAAAAUAUGCGACUUACUGACAUCUAUGUUGAGCAAUGUGGCAAUUGUCUCGGAUGAAUGUUUCAUUAUUCGUGUAGUAUAUAUGAAUAUAUUUGUUAGUUUUUAUCUAAUUAUGAAAUAUUUAAGUUUUGAUCUAAUUAUGAAAAUAUUAAAUAAUAUUGUUGAGUCUUGAAUCCAAAAAAAAGCAUUAUUGCAAUGUGUAUAUUUUUUGGACAUAGCAUGUUUCAGUAAAUUAAAAUAAUGCAUAUAUAAUAUUUCUUACUGACUCAGUAUUGAAUAAGGAUUAAACACUCCUAAGAAAUUACAAAUAAAAUGGUUUGGGGGGGGGGGACAAAGUUUGAAUCAAGCCUGUAUUCAAGCUGUUAUAAUUGAUCAUUUGACCAUAGUUACAGUGUACAUUAUAUUUAUUUGUGUAUAAUGACUAUAAAAAUACAUCACAUGUGAAUGUGAUAUCAUGCAUAUUUUGGCUUCUACUGUAGCAUCAUGAGGAUGGAAAUACUAAAUAAAUUUGAUAAUACAAA